CAUGAGCAUACGCACGAGUAUACAUUUACGUAGUAAAAAAACGCAGGAUUUUCUACACCGUCACCAAUAACGAAUUAAUUCAAUUUUUAAUUUUUCAAAAAUGAAAAUAUAUUUUGGAAAUAAUUCAUUUGUCGCAACAUGGUUAGAAGUGUAAAGUUGUCAAGCAAUAUUGUAUCAAAUUCCUACAUUUAAAUAAUCCUGGUUUCUCUCGGUGCUAGAUUGACAAUAAUUUCAUGGUGCUCUGCGCUCUGCCCCAUCGCAUAAUAAAUAUUAGUUAUGUAGUUUCCGAUGUUCGUGUAGUUAGCAAUUUCAUCUUUGUUCUUAGUACAUUGCGUUGGGAUACAAAGCUGGAUAAUAUUACUUUAGGAUGUCCCGAUUUUUCAAAAGUUGGAGAAAUCUUUGUCACCGCUGUUCAAUAGUGGUGACAGUGUCACUCGUCAUAAUGUUUUUGACUAUAUAUUAUUUCCUUCAAGGGAUCAAGGAAGAGGCGACAAAUGGAAGUUAUACUACUCAAAUGUUCACUCCGGCAAAAACCAAGAACGAAUUGAUCGAGAUGUUGACGACCGAGCUCAAAAACAUGAACUACCCAAUUACACAGGAGGAUUUAGAAGUAGCAAUCGCGUCAUUUAAAAUUGGAACAAAGUACAUUGAAUUAUCCAGACAGCCUUUAAAAUGCGUCUAUAGGCCUCGUUUGACAGAUAUUUGGAUUAGCAACAAGUACUGGCAGGUAUUGCGGUUAACUGAAAGUGACAAAAGCGAUACAUAUUUGUAUAUUUAUGGUGCUUACCUCGACACAAGAGUUGAACCAAGGGUUCGCAUAAUUGUGGUUUCAAGUAUUAGAAAAACUAGAGGCCCAAAAUUUUGUCAAUUUUGGUAUUCAAAUGAAUCAAGAGUUGAAGUUGAAACGGUGAUCAGUCAAUCAAGUCCAUGGGUUUGGGACCACGGUGAAAACUAUCAUCCGUUAAUUUUUACAUGUAAACUUCCUCAAGAUGUAUCAAAAAGUAACUACACUGGUUUGAAAUCAGAGAACAUACCAAAUUCAGUAUCUUUAGUCAUGGAUAAGUGCGACACUGCAACAAAUAACAUGAAAAUUAUCUACGAUGUUCCCUUAGUCCAGCACGAUUUUGGAAUUUGUUUUAAGAUGCUGGAUUUUCCAAUGACAAGAAUAUCAAAGCCGCUUGUGGAGAUGAUCGAACUGUUAAAAAUCCUUGGCGUCGGUGGGAUUCACUUUCCAUACUUGGCUGUAGACAAUGAAACGAUGAAGGUUUUGAAAUACUAUGAAGCAACUAAAUUUGUAACCUUGAAGCCAUACUCCUUGCCCGGUUAUCAAAUAAAUCUGCCACUAUCUCGCCAUGUGCACUUGAGGACAAACUUAGAGGCCAAGCGGAAACAAGAAUUAAUCCCGUACAAUGACUGCUACUUGAGUAAUAUUUAUCGCUAUAAAGUAAUUGGGAUUCUGGAUAUUGAUGAGUUAAUGUUACCAACCACUGAGGCAAACUAUCAGAAAUUUUUACGAAAAUAUUGGCAAUCCAAAAUACCAAAAUAUACAUCAUUUUGCUUUACAAUGAAGCAAUUUGUUGAAAAAAUUAUAUUCAAUCCUAAUGCAACAACAGAGCUUCGCAUAAAGGAGUCAAAUUCAAAUGUGUCGGAAAUAACAAAUCACGUAUUUUUUGACCGAGGACCAGUGUGCAGCGAGAGACGCGUCAGAAGCUACAAGUGCUUCCAUAGAACUGAUAGCGUGUUAUUGGUCCAUAACCAUUACCCUAUCAAAUGUCUUGAAGAUCAGCAUUGCAGCUCCAAACAUAUUCCUAUUGACUAUGCCUACAUACAUCAUCAUCGAGGUAUUAGCGAAUUCUGUCAAUACAAUGCCACAUCAGAUACACUAGAUGUAAUUCAAAACCCGUUCGAGUAUGAUCCCCUAAUUAAAAAAUAUGCAGUUGAAGUAAUGAAACAAAGAGAUCUAGUUUUGAAGAGGAUACAAAACUGGGAUAACAAUGUUCAGUACUAGUUAUUAUUAUUUAGUGAAAGUUUUUAGUUUUAGAAAUUCAAAUAUUUAAGAGUUUUUCGCCACUUAAGAAAUUGAAAAUGUAAAAUGAUCUGUAACAUGGCUGCAGAAGAGUUUCGAUUUUCAUGAACACAUUUAUUGUUAAAUAAAUGUAAAACUUCUUAACUCUUAAGUUAAGUACAACUAUAUAGUUUCUGUAAUUUGCAAUAUGUAAGUGAAAGGACAGUAAAUAAGUAUAUGAUAAAAUUAAAUGACUUCACAAAAUACGGUAACGUACAUGUUUGUUAAAUACGUAUAGUAAUUAAUAAUAUAAUAACUUAUGAAG